CACUUGUUCACCACCGCUUAAGUCAGUGGCUUGCUUUCUCAUUGUGAAGGGGAAGGCAACUGGACAUUUUUAAAUUUUUUAUAGAUUCGCUGACUUAUACGAUGCCAGACUACUUGGGAACUGAUCAAAGGAAAGUGAAACAGAAGGAUGAAAAAGAUGAGAAAAUCGAAGCUCUGGAUGAAGGUGACAUUGCAGUUCUAAAGACAUAUGGAGCUGGUUCAUAUAACAAAUCAAUUAAAAAAGUUGAGGAUGACAUCAGCUCCAUUUUCAAGAAGGUUGACGAACUAACAGGUAUAAGAGAAUCCGACACUGGCUUGGCUGCCCCAGCUCUAUGGGAUUUGGCUGCUGACAAACAAACUCUACAUUCAGAUCAACCCUUACAGGUUGCAAGGUGCACAAAAAUAAUAAAUGCAGAUUCAGAUGACCCUAAAUACAUCAUCAAUGUGAAGCAGUUUGCAAAAUUUGUUGUUGAUCUUGGUGAUCAAGUAGCUCCAACUGAUAUUGAAGAAGGGAUGAGAGUUGGUGUGGAUAGAAAUAAAUACCAAAUACAUAUUCCAUUGCCUCCAAAAAUUGACCCCACUGUUACUAUGAUGCAAGUUGAAGAAAAACCUGAUGUUACCUAUUCUGAUAUUGGAGGCUGCAAGGAACAGAUAGACAAACUUAGAGAAGUUGUGGAAACACCCCUGCUUCAUCCUGAAAGAUUCGUCAACCUGGGCAUUGAUCCUCCAAAAGGCAUUUUGCUAUUUGGCCCGCCUGGUACCGGGAAAACUCUGUGUGCCCGUGCUGCAGCCAACAGGACGGAUGCUUGUUUCAUUCGCGUGAUUGGUUCUGAACUGGUGCAGAAGUAUGUUGGUGAGGGUGCAAGAAUGGUUAGGGAGCUUUUUGAAAUGGCAAGGUCAAAGAAGGCUUGCAUCAUAUUCUUUGAUGAGAUCGAUGCAGUUGGAGGUGCCCGAUUCGAUGAUGGAGCCGGAGGUGACAAUGAAGUUCAGCGAACAAUGCUGGAACUAAUCAACCAACUGGAUGGUUUUGAUCCUAGAGGAAAUAUUAAAGUUUUAAUGGCUACCAAUAGGCCUGAUACUCUUGACCCUGCCUUGAUGAGACCAGGAAGGAUGGACAGGAAGGUUGAAUUCGGCCUACCGGACCUGGAGGGACGAAGUCAUAUUUUCAAGAUUCACGCUAGAUCAAUGAGUGUUGAACGAGAUAUUCGUUAUGAACUAUUGGCCCGUCUCUGUCCAAACAGCACCGGUGCAGAAAUCAGAAGUGUGUGCACAGAAGCUGGAAUGUUUGCUAUACGAUCCAGACGAAAGGUAGCCACUGAGAAGGACUUCCUAGACGCCAUACAGAAGGUUAUCAAAGCAUAUGCAAAGUUCAGUGCAACCCCUAAAUACAUGACUUACAAUUAACAUUUAGUAAAUUUGUUUUAUAGUAUAUACUUCCUUUAGCAGUCGAGAGUAUAAACUGCUUGAGUUUGACUUAAGAACAAGCAAUCUCCAUUAAGUGAUAAUUAUUUAAAGUCACCAUAUUCUGA